ACGUGACAACGGUGCGAUAGUAAACAUUUCUCCCUUUAAUCGCUUAUGUCAAUAUUUUAUUUUAUAACGCUUAAAUCGCGUUUGGUUAGCCUAUAUCGUUUUUCGAUUAUACAAAAGUUAAUUGAAUAAGUGUUUUACGAGAUACAUUACAGAUUUGACGUUGAUUGAGCAGAAAAGGAAUUAACACUAUAGGUUUAACAGGAGAAACGUUCGCUAUAAAACUUGAAGCGGUGCGCGGCCGCGGGUACCUUUUGUCAACCGUUUAUUGACUUUUAUCGCAUAUUUUGGAAAUGAUUCGGAUUUAUAUUUAAUGGAUAUACUACAAUGAUGAAAAUUGGUCGACUGAGUUUGUAUUAUUCAUCAAUGCUCAUCAUUGGAAUUAAAAUCAUACAAGAGUGUGCGGGUCAAUCAUCGAACGGUGACAUCCGGUUGAUCGACGGCGGGAGGCCGUCUCAGUCCCAGGGUCGCGUGGAAGUGUUCUACAAUGGCACGUGGGGCACUGUGUGUGACGACAACUGGAUAGACCAGAAUAACGCCAUUGUCGUCUGCCGCCAGAUGAACUCGCCCUCACCGAACGGCGGCGUGUGGGUGAACAGCACGCGGUUUGGUGCCGGAAGUGAUCCCAUCUGGCUGGACGAUGUGGGGUGUGCGGCCACCGAACAGCGCCUGGCUGACUGUCAACACAGAGGUUGGGGUCUCUCGAGUGGUUGUGACCACAGCGAGGACGUCGGUGUCAUUUGUCCCGUCAGCGCCGUCACUUCCUCCGGCACGCCCUCGCCCACCACCACCAAGGCGCCCGUUAUACCGGAUACGGGAAAUUGUACCACUCCGGACCGAACGAUCCGGUUGAAAGGUCCGUCCAAUAUGCCCGGGGUUGGUGUGGUGCAGCUUCUCCGGAACAACACCUGGGGCAACAUCUGUGACAACGGCUGGGGCUUCAACAAUGCCAAGGUCGUGUGCAGGAUGCUGUGCUUCAACCCCAACACCGCGCUCGCAGGGUCUGUUAACUUUGACACGAGCACCAUAACCGAAAAGAUGGUCAUCAAGUCCGUGACCUGUACCGGAAACGAGGCCAACAUAUCCGCGUGCACGCAAGCGCCAUGGGCCGACGGAAGCUGCUCCACCAGCGAGAUGGCGAAAGUCACGUGCACACCUUUGGAUAACUCCGCCCCAACCAGACCGGAACCGAUCCUGGAGUGUUCCAACGGUCUGCUGCGCGCGAGCUUCAACAAGUCACGUGACGUGCACCUAGAGCCUAAGCACCUGCAGGUUGCCAACAGCACGGGAUCCUCGUGCACCGCCAGCACGGACGAGAGCGACCAAUACGUCUCCAUCAGCAUCCCCUUCGACGAGUGCAACACGCUGAGAACGUACAACGCGACGCACAUUAUCUACAAGAACGUGAUCAUGUAUCUGCCCACGUUUACGAGCGGCGCCGUGAGCAACACGAACACGUACAUGGUGCAAGUGCAGUGCGAGCUCCCACGUGACCCGAUAGCUGAUAAGCCUAUUUUGCCCCUCACAGAGACCGUCACACAGGUUGCGCAGGGGCAGUUCAUUGUUAACAUGCACUUUUUUAGGAAUAACAGUUUUGUGACGGCAGUGACCAAUUUCCCCCUAGAGAUCCCCCUGGGAGAAUGGCUUAACUCCGCCCUCUCGCUCGAGGACGUCGACAAGAACCUACACAUGGUGGUGCCCAACUGCUAUGCCACGCCCUCUAGUAGCAGGAAUGACCUCACGCGCUAUCCGCUCUUCACUGACAAGCCCUGCAAUGUAUGUGAAAGCGCUUUAGGUGGCAAUGCAUCUCUUUCGUCUCUUGAAAGGUGCGUUAACGACCAGACGGUAGGGUUCUUUCCCAUCAACGACACAUGGUUCGGCUAUCGGUGGCAGACGUUCAAGUUCGUGCAGUUUCCGGCAGUUCACAUCCACUGUGACGCAUACGUGUGCGCGAAGGACGACCCGUCCCCGGAAUGUGACCGCAGCUGCCUGCCUGCCAACACCACCACGCCCAGUUCUGGCCGCCGGAAGCGAGACUGGAACGCCAUGCCUCCCACACUGGUUCACGUGAGCAGCGGUACUCUCCUCGUGUACAAGACUGAACAGCCACCGCUGAUUGAGAGGCCACCACUUCCGGUGCAACCUUCAACCACUCAACGACCGGAAACAACCCCUGCGCCUGCAUCAACCGUUGCUCAAGUGGAAUACAGCACUGCUAGAUCGUCAACCUCAUCGACUUCAGACAAACCGGAGAUCAGCAACGUAGCUCACGUGACCACACCAGCUGACCGUCCAUUUAAUGUCCCCUUAGUUGUCGAGAGUGGUGCAAGAAAACUGAGUUCUUCCGUUAAUUGUGUCACCAUAUUUUCAUCGUUUGUCAUUCUUACAUUGAUACUAACCUAGUCUCCCUGUGAUUCUAAGCGCUUUACGGCUCAGUGAUUGUCAAUGUAAGAACGAAAUUUAUGUUAUGUGGAAGGUAUGAUAAGAGAUUUAUUUUCAUUGUUUCCCUAUUGUUCGGAUGUAUCACCAAAAAGCGAAACACGGAGGAUUUUCUAUGUGCUACUGAGUAUUACUCCCAAUUUAAAGUGGUUUUCUUAAGUUCACUACAAAACAUAAAAUAACUGCUUUUUACAUUGUAAAAAAAGUAAUCGAUCUCAACGUACACUAAACUGACGGACAAAUCCCCUACGACGUGUAUCACGUUUAUUGAGAUGUUAGAUCAACACCGUGUUGUAACAGCUUUCAACGACGUGUGUCUGUAAAUUUAAAGUUAAUCCAUAAAGUCGUCUUUGUGUGUUGCAUAUUUUUUUAUUGAGCCACGAUCUGGGAAAAAUGGGCUUAAUACAUAUACGUAAAGUGUCGUCCCAGAUUAGCUUGUGCAGUCCGCUUUGGGAAAUCUGCGACGACACUUUCCGUUUAAAGUGGAUUUUCGUUUAGAAGGUGCUUCAUUGAAACGAAAGAUUCAAAACAAGCAGAAGUUGUCGUCCCUUUUUAGCCUGUGCGAACUGCAAAGGCUUAUGUGGGUUGAUUCUUUACGCACUUGCAUGAAAUUUCGUUAUUCGAGAGCGAGGUUCAAUGACAUUAUUUUGCUUUAAGCGACCAUUAUAUAUAUAUAUAUAUAUAUAUAUAUAUAUAUAUAUAUAUAUAUAUAUAUAUAUAUAUAUAUAUAUAUAUAUAUUUGUAUGAGAUCAUAUCCGUGUGUUAUGUUAUCGCGCACAUAGAAGGUGUAUGGAUGUUAACAAAACUGCAUUCUGCACAGUUUUAAACAAAUGCCAUUGUAAGUAUAACACAUAUAACGACGAUUAUUUUAAUUCCAUUUUCUUCCAGAAAAGAAUACAUACUUCAUGUUUAAAGGUUUAUAUUUAGGUAAAAAUUAUAUUGUUUCAUUUUUCAAUUAAUGUUGGUGAAAUAUGUGUACAUAUUCAUAAUAAACAACAACAUUAACCUAGUUCAAGCUGUACUUUCUGUAUUGGUGGUUUUAUUUAAUGCUUCGUCUUAGCAUACACGUUUUAACCGUGCCUGUCUAGUUGUUUCCGCUGCUCAAAUUGUUAUAGCGCAACUGAUCUAGUGUCUUAUAAAUGUACAUAUUUGUACAUGAUUUAUAUCUAUGCAGUUUUGAUUCAUUAGUCAUUUGUUUUGUUGUUUUUAUUUGUUGCUAAGUUUUACUUAUUUAUUAUUGUGUAAAUUCUAACUUUCUUUUUGAAGUAUAUUUUAUUAUUUUACUAUUGUUUUUUGUUGAGAUGAUGGAAUUAUUUAUGUCUCAGUUAAGUUAAAUGUUAAUUUGUUAUAUAUUGACAUGUUCAUGUAAUGUUUUAAUUCAGCUGUUUAUUCGUUUCUAAUUUUGAUUUUAGCAAGUUGACGCUGAAAUAGAUUGGCGUAAAAAGGCAAAUUAAAGAUAAAAAUCAGAUUAUAUAUGUCGUAUUUAUUUUCACAUUUUGAAAAAUUGUUUUGUAAAGUUUACAUUUGGAAAAAUACAUUUGUUAACCUUAGUAUUAAUUUUAGUUUUGUCUUUAUUGUCUAGUUGGUUGCCUUAAGUAUAUAUUGCAGCGUAACUUAGCUAAUAAAAUACACCAUCAGUC